AUGCCGCGACCAAAGGUGAAGCCGCAGGACAGGCAGCGCUCUGCCAAAGCGUGUGACGCCUGUAAGGCUUCGAAAAAGAGGUGUGAUGCCAAUCAGCCUUGUCGGUUAUGUGUCAAGAAGGGAACCCAGGACACGUGCACGUUCACGCCGACGGCUAGGGACAGGCGCAGUCACCGCUCUGGAUCCAAAACAUCCCAGGCAAACUCAAUUGCUGUUGCCCAUGAUGUCGCCACGGUGGACUUCGGUUCCGCGAUCGCCGGGCCAUCUCAGGGUUCAGGACCUGAUUUUGGCGACCGAUCUGUUACGUCACAAGACGCAGAGGGGGACGAAGUAGUAGAUGAGGACGCAGACAUCUUCGUCGGUAAUACGGCAGCACUUUCAUUCUUGCGCUUCUUGCAAAAGACACUGAAACAUUAUGUUGGGCCAUCCGGGUUCACCGAUCGGCAACAUAGCCAUAAUUGGUUUGAGAUGACUGGAUCGGAUGUCGAUGGUGGGAUCUUCUAUGAUAGCCUGAGUGAGAACGAAAAGAAAGAUAUCGUUCAGUGUUUCCUAGAUGCUUCAAGCGGGUUCCUAGACCUGUACACUGAGGAUGAGAUCACCGACCUUAUAUCCCUGGCCUCGAAACAACAAAACAACAACAACAGACCGCAAAAUGCACGACGAGUUGAUCAGGCAGCUCUCGGUUCGUUGUACCUUAUGCUCGCUAUCGGAUAUCAGGUCAGAGGGGGCUCGCGGGAUGACCUCGGCCUUGCCUCUAAAUAUUUCAGCCAGGGGAGGAAAAUGGCCUUCGAGAAAAUGCUCGAAGAUCCUACCAUAAAUCUGGCCAGGGCAUUUCUUCUGCUCGCGUUCUAUAUGCUAGGAGCCUGUCGCCGAAAUUCGGCAUUUAUGUACCUGGGUGUUGCAGCGAAAUCUGCAGAUAUACUUGGGCUUCAUGCCGCGGCAAAACACAAGCACAUCUCGAAGGAUGAACAGAAUUCCAGAUUGAGGGUGGCCAAGAGUAUUAGAGUCUUCGACAUAAUCUGCUCUUCAAUUCUGGGAAGACGAGGUAGCGCCUCGUCGCUGAGGUUUGGAGACGUUACUACCGGUGAUUUCGUGCAGCAGGAACCCAACACCACGCCUCAUAGAGCCCUGGCACUCAGAGCCACCUACGAAUCGUGUUCAAUUCUUGAGACGGUGGUUGGCAAGUUUGCGGAUGACGGAGUACUGCACUCUUCCUCCGCCCAGCAUUUCCUUCAGCUUCUGCAAGAGUGGAGCCAGGCACUACCCGUUUCCCUCCGCCAACGACCCAAGAGAGGAGACCAAUCUUUACUGAAUGAACCUGGAUAUCGAGAGAAGAUGAUUGCCAACGUUCAUGUUGCGGGAACAUAUUACUUUGGUAUUAUCCUUGUCACGCGGCAAUUUCUGAUCCAACAUAUCAUGCCACAGUUGCAUGGCAAUUCGCCAAGAACAAAAGAGGGCCAGCCUCAAAAUGCGAGAAGAUGGAUCAAUGAAGCUGGUGCCGUGGAAGACCUCGCUCGCUCCUGUAUCGGAGCUGCAAUCUACAUGGCCCAGAUGUGCAAGGAAGCCAUCGACGCUGGUGUCUUCCUGGGCAAUAUGUGCAUUAUCAAAGCAUGGGUGUUCGCAGCCGGCCUUGCGUUGGGGUUUGCUCUUUUAGCGGACGAGUCGUCUGAUACCGAGGCCCGAGAGGCGUUCCUCGGGUCCCAACACGUUCUCUUCAUCAUCGGGCGGCUGAGCCCGCAGGCGCGACAGUAUCAUAAAAUCCUCUCCGCAUUUUCCGACGCCAUCGACAACUAUAAGCGACAGAGGCGACGAGAAAGGAACGGCUCAGGAGUCCCUUUCGUUGAGCAGAUACUGUCUUAUGAUUUUGCGUCUGGUGUGAGUGCAUCGAUACAUGACAGUGGAGCCUCAGCCACUUGCAACGAUAGCAACGCUAUUGUUGUUGAUACAGGGCAGGAUCGCCCACAACCCCCCUUCGGCGCAAGUUCGGGUCUGUCGCAGCUCCCUACGCCAGACUUUAAUAUGGACGAGAAUCCUGCCAGUGCCUGGGAUGGGAGUGACAGCCUCAGCUCAAUGAACAUGUCUGACUUGUUCCCAGACCAGUGGCCAUCCCCUGCAGACAAUGAGCUCAUGUUGCGGAUUCUUUGGGAUGGGUAUACAAUGAGUUUUGACGAUCCUUUACAGCCAGUUGGGGCCCCGGAAAAUAAUGCCGCAUGA